AUGUUUCAGAAUAUACAAACAAUAAUUCUCGAUAUUAAUGAUGGUGAAAUGAGAGCAGGUUAUUCUGGUGAAUGCUCACCAAGAUAUAAUUCAAAUUUAAUUUUAGGUUUACCUUUAGGACAUAAUGCAACAUUAAAGCAUACCAUAUUUCCAUUAUUACCAGAAGUAAAAAGAGAUAAUGUAGAAUUAUUAUACGGAAUGAAAUACAUUUAUAAUGAUAAUAAUAAUAGUAAAUAUGAUAUAAAUUAUGAAGUAAUGGAAAAACUGUUUGAGGACAUAUCAGGAAGUAAAGCAUUAGAUGAUAAUUUCCAAGAUCAUCCAAUUUUAUUAACAGAACCCAAUAAAACGGAUAGUAAAUAUAGAGAAAAAUUUACUGAGUUAAUGUUCGAAUCUUACAAUGUUUUUCAAUUAUUUUUAUCUAGAAGAAGUGUCUUAUCAUGCUAUGGAUGUGCAAGAACAUCUGGUUUAGUAUUAAAUGUCGAAAAAAAUUGUACUAAUUUGUGUGGUAUACAAGAAGGAUAUAUCUUUCAAAAGCAUAUUGAAGAAGUUCCUAUAGGAGGAGAUUUAAUAGAUAGAAUUUAUUUGGCGUAUUUGGAAAAUAUUAAAAAAAUAAAAAUUUAUCCUUAUUUUUCUAUUGAUACAAGCCAAAAUAGUGAAAGAAAUAAUGAAAUAAAAAUAUUAAAAUGCCCAUUAGUGACAAAGUCAUAUUACCUUUGGGGAUCCCUAUAUGUAGUUAAUCAGUUAAAAGAAAGUUUAGUUACUGAUCAAAAUGUUUGUGAUAAAAAUAAAAAAUCUUCGAAUACAAAUGAAACUAAUAAUUAUAAACUACCAGAUGGCAAUGUAAUAGAUGAGUGUACCAUUGAUUCAUUAAAACUUAUAUUCCCAUAUAUUUUUUUUAGAAAAAAAUAUAAUCAAAAUAAUAUAAGUAAAAUUGGUGGAACCCUAUCAUUAAAUAAUAUUGACUUAAAUUUAUUUUAUGAUUCUUUAAAAAAUUUGAAACUUCCAAUUUUAUAUACAUAUAACUAUAAAAUAAAUAGUAGUAAUUCAAUUAUUGAAAAAGUUCUUGAAAAUACUUCUGAUAAAAAUUCGAAUAUAUGUUAUUCAGAUCAAAUUGAUAAUUACUUUGAAAUUUUUGAUGGGUUACAAAAUUUUAUUAAAAAGGGAAUUUUAUCCUUUAUAUCCUCUAAUAUAAAUUUAGAUGAAAUUCUUAAUUUUUUAAUUGUAACAGGAGAAUCUACUAUGUUUAACAAUUUUGUAGGAAUUUUAAAAUCAUAUCUACCUUUUAUUGAUACAAUAAAAGAAAAAAAUACUAAAAUAAUUUAUAGUAAAGGAACAGAUAGAAAAUAUAAUUGUUUUAUAGGGGCAUCUAUUUUAUCAUCAUUAGGUUCUUUCCCCCAGUUUUGUAUGACAAAAAAUGAAUACGAAGAAUAUGGGGUUAAAAAUAUUGUUGAUAGGAAAUGUGUUUAA